CCUAAACACCGAAACACCCAGAGCUUACCGAACGAGUUUCUGCACAGACCAAUAUACGAGAGGAACCGUUCCCGUUACGGGCUCUCAGACGAUAAUUAAAUCAACGCGACGAAGUGGUGAGGGCACACACAGAGAAAGUGAUUGUGAUUUGGGCAGUAAAAGUUGUUCGAGCAGGAAAAAUUCCCUGAAGGAAGACAAAAUCUCAGCUGGUAUGCGGGAGUUUGCAGAGUUUUGUGGAGCUCUAACGUCGCCCUCGAUGGAAAACGAAUGAAAAUAACCGCUCAAGGUUUCUCUUCUUCCAGUUCUGUGAAUGAACAGAUGACAGUGGAUGUGGCUUUGUAGUAUCGUGUUGAAGAAAAAAAAAACACUUCAUUGCAGCAUCGUUGGCAGAGGCUCACUGUCCGAUUUAAGAGAAGUAAAGACGGAGAAAAAUUGCGAAACGUACUGAAAGUUUUUUUUAAAAGAGCAGCAAUAUUUUUUCUCUCUAGUUUGAGUGACGAAGUUGCUCAUUUUGAACAUGGUCGGGGAAAUGGAGACCAAAGAGAAGCCGAAACCGACUCCUGACUAUCUCAUGCAGCUAAUGAACGACAAAAAACUAAUGAGCAGCCUUCCCAACUUCUGCGGGAUUUUCAACCACCUCGAACGGCUUUUAGACGAAGAGAUUGGCAGGGUACGGAAAGACAUGUAUAACGAGACAUUGAGCAGCAGCUCGGACAGACGGAGCUCAGAGCUUCCCGACGCCAUGGGCCCAGUCACACAGCUCCAGGAGAAACUCUACGUCCCAGUCAAGGAGUACCCCGACUUUAAUUUUGUGGGCCGGAUCCUGGGGCCGCGGGGACUGACGGCCAAGCAGCUGGAGGCGGAGACGGGCUGUAAGAUCAUGGUGCGAGGAAAAGGGUCCAUGAGAGACAAGAAGAAGGAGGAGCAGAACAGGGGGAAGCCUAACUGGGAACAUCUGAACGAGGAUCUUCACGUCCUGAUCACCGUGGAAGACUCUCAGAACAGAGCGGAGAUCAAACUGAAGAGAGCGGUGGAGGAAGUGAAGAAACUGCUCAUCCCUGCAGCUGAAGGAGAGGACAGUCUAAAGAAGAUGCAGUUGAUGGAGUUGGCCAUCCUGAAUGGAACGUACAGAGACGCCAACAUUAAGUCCCCAGCCUUAGCCUUCUCUCUGGCUGCCUCAGCCCAGGCUCCGCGUAUGAUCAGUGGGCCGUCUCCUGUGAUGCCCACAGCCGCCCUGCGCACACCCGCCCCCGCUGCCCCCACCCUGAUGCCCCUCAUCAGACAGAUCCAGACCUCUGCCAUCAUGCCCACGGCCACGCCCCAUCCCACCGCCACACUGCUCCCUCAGACCCCCGAAUCAGGCAUCAUCUACACCCCCUACGAAUACCCCUACGCUCUGGCACCUGCCACCUCCAUCCUCGAGUAUCCUAUUGACUCCAGUGGGGUAUUAGGUAUGGCUUUUCCCACUAAAGGUGCAGUGACUACUAAAGUAAGAAGGCAUGAUAUGCGAGUUCAUCCUUACCAAAGGGUAGUCACCACAGAGAGAGCCGCCACCGGCAACUAACCUUUGACCUUCUGACCUCUCAACACUUCACCCAGUGAUGAGCUGACCAUUGCCUGGCUGCUGACCAGUUCUCUGCCUGUCGUCCGUCGCUUGUCUUGUUCUCGCGGCCUGUGGGUGAGCCGAGACGCAGCCUUUUUUUUCUGCUUAACCCUGCAGAGCGACUCAGCGACGGUCGCCACAGCAACAACAACAACAAC